GCAUCAUCAUUCGUCAUUGUUCAUAAACAGGGCAGUCGAAGAAGUAGGAAGGCACUGGAAGCUCGGAAAUCACGUUUGUCCCACAAACAUAACCAUUACCAGAAAUCCGAUCCGCCGGUUCUUUCGCAGGCUUGCCGCUCCGCCGCUUGCCAGACGGCUCACUGCCCAUUUUAGUAGCGAAGCGGACUGAUUUGGUCAGAUGAUCGGAGAAUGCGGCUGAAUUUUAACUCCGCUAUUCACAGGCGUUUGUCUUCGAGAGAGCUGAUGGAUCCCUUAGAUAGAGAUGAUGAAGAGAGUGCCGUUCGUUUGCUGAAUUCUCCAUCUGCUGAGGAAGAAGUUGGUAAUCCAUCGUGGAGGCUCUCUCUACCGCAUGUAAUCGUGGCGACAAUAUCUUCCUUCUUGUUUGGAUAUCACUUGAGUGUUGUUAAUGAGUCACUGGAGAGCAUUUCCAUGGAUCUUGGGUUUACUGGGAACACCUUGGCUGAAGGGCUUGUUGUGAGUAUCUGCCUCGGAGGUGCACUUGUUGGUUGCUUCUUUAGUGGUUGGAUUGCAGAUGGAAUUGGGCGGCGUAGGGCUUUUCAGUUGAGUGCCUUGCCAAUGAUUAUUGGAGCUUGUUUAAGUGCAAGCACUGGCAAUUUACAAGGAAUGCUCCUUGGUAGAUUCUUAGUUGGAACAGGAAUGGGCUUAGGUCCGCCAGUUGCUGCACUCUAUGUAACGGAGGUUUCACCUCCAUUUGUGAGAGGAACAUACGGGAGCUUUAUUCAAAUCGCUACCUGUCUUGGACUUACAGGGGCGCUCCUUGUUGGAAUUGCAGUGAAGGAGGUUAUUGGAGGAUGGAGAAUUUGCUUUUGGGUAUCUACUGUUCCUGCUGCUUUGCUGGUGAUUUGUAUGGAAUUUUGUGCUGAAAGCCCUCACUGGCUUUAUAAGCACGCCAGAAUUGGUGAAGCGGAAGCUGAAUUUGAAAGGCUACUUGGAGUUUCUCAUGUAAAAUCCGCAAUGUCAGAGUUGCUACGUUCAGAUAGAGGGGAUGAUGCAGAUGGCGUGAAGUUUUCGGAGUUACUUUAUGGUCGACAUUUCAGGGUUGUUUUUAUUGGAACAACACUAUUUGCUUUACAGCAAUUAUCUGGAAUAAAUGCUGUCUUCUAUUUCUCUUCUGUUGUCUUUAAAAGAGCCAAGGUGCCUUCAAACAUCGCCAACAUAUGCAUAGGGCUUGUUAAUUUGUUAGGUUCAAUAAUUGCAAUGCUUUUGAUGGAUAAGCUGGGAAGGAAGGUGCUACUUUUUGGGAGCUUUGUUGGCAUGGCAGCCGCAAUGGGCCUACAGGCUUUUGCAGCAAGCUAUCAAAUUCUAGGUUCUGCAACGUUAUAUCUCUCUGUUGGUGGGAUGUUGAUAUUUGUCUUUACAUUUGCGCUAGGUGCUGGUCCAGUCCCCGGUCUUCUUUUGCCUGAGAUAUUUCCAAACAAAAUCAGAGAGAAGGCUAUGGCUGUAUGCAUGUCUGUGCAUUGGGUGGUCAAUUUCUUUGUUGGCUUGUUAUUCUUGCGGUUGUUGGAAUUACUGGGAGCAAAGAUUUUGUACACAAUUUUUGCUUCCUUCUGCUUGAUUGCUGCCGCUUUUGUUAUGAGAAAUGUAGUGGAAACUAAGGGCAGGUCACUUCAAGAAAUUGAGAUCUCCUUGCUACCACCCCAGUAGAGGCAUGAUGCAGACUGCAGAGCAUGGGUCUCUUGAUCAAGUGGGUGAAUUUCUUGAAAUUUGAGAUGUUAAAUAGAUGGCCUUUUUAG